ACCCCUUCACCACCUUCUCUCUCUCACAAACCCCAAACCCUAACUCACUCUCUCUGUUCUCUGUAGAGGCUCCUCUGUUUUCUCACAACAAUGGCUUCGUCUACUUGGAAGACUCUCAUGAUGGUUCUCAUGCUUCUCACCUUGCUAGCCACCUCGGCUCUCGCUCAGGGUCCAGGAUCCGCACCAUCCUCAUCACCAACCAAGUCUCCAUCUCCGACUUCUUCUCCUCCACCAGCCUCAUCUCCUCCACCGUCUCAGGCUCCCGCUCCCACCACCAAGACACCAACUCCCUCUUUGGCUCCAACUCCAUCCGCCACCCCUCCGCCGUCGCCUUCCUCCUCUCCGACAACCUCGCCUCCGGCUCCUCCCACAUCGCUCGCCCCAGCCUCCUCCAAAGCGCCGGCCGGUACUCCCCCCUCGAUCAGCCAGCCUCCGGCUUCGGCUCCCGCCGGUAACGGUGCCGGUUUGAACAGAGUCGCCUCCGCCGGAUCUGUCGCCUCAGUCGUCUUCGCGGCGGCUCUUUUGCUUUAGAUCAUAACAUCGCCGGAGUUCGUUUAGGGUUUGAUUCUAUUUAGUACUAGUUUCUAUUUUUAAAUAUUUAGGGUUGAUGGGUUUCCUUUUUUAUUUAUUUGUUUUGGUUUAAUUUAAUUAUCAUCAUCAUUAUUAUUAUUAGGUCGGUGACAGUGGUGGAUAUAUGUUCAUGAAUAUCACUCGGGGGUCUAUGGUGCUUGAUUGGAUUGCUUUCUAUUAUUGUUGUUAUUAUAUUAUCAUUUUUAUUAUUAUGGAUUCUUUUUU